GUCAAUGAGCGUCAUUCCAAAAGGCGACAACUCCCACAAACUACCGAAUCAAACGCACCUGCAACAUUAAGGCGGCGGACAGGGCGUUCAACGCAUCAGCAGAGAGCCACAGCAACGCGGGACCAACUUAAAAAGGAUCCGUUUUCGGUCGUUAAAUCUCGGUCAGGUUUGACUGAACAGAAACCCUGGGUCCGGUGCGUGCCAGACCUCCAGUGGAGGAGAUGGACCAGCUAUCCAACCAGUCAGUGGGCAACGAUGACAUAACAGAUGAAACGGCCUCUCUGGUGGACAUCGGCUGGACCUCUGAGGAAGAUAGCUCUGAUACUCAGGGACAGUGUCUGGCAGCGCCUCAAGCUCCCAUACAGAACUACAAGCAGAGGCUAGAAGAGUUUAAGAAGCUAUUCAAGGAAGUGCCUGAAUCUGAGAGACUACUAGUGGAUUAUCCAUGUGCCCUUCAGCGAGACAUCCUCCUCCAGGGUCGCCUCUACCUCUCUGAGAACUGGGUGUGUUUCUACAGCAAUGUGUUUCGAGGCACAAAGAUCACUUUGAGUUUUAAAGAUAUUGCGACUAUGUCCAGAGAGAAAACGGCUCGACUCAUUCCAAAUGCAAUCCAGAUCUGCACAAGCACUGAAAAGUUCUUCUUCACUUCCUUCUCAGCAAGAGAGAAAAGCUAUCAGGGUGUUUUUCGCAUGUGGCAAAACACACUGAUGGACAAGUCUGUUGCGAAAGAAACUGCCAUAAACGGGAGAACCAAACGCAGCACGUUUCCCUCAGCUGUCGUAAUGAUGAUGAAACGAGAGCCAGACACCAUGGCAGCCCUCCCACGGGGGGGAGGGGAGGAGGGGGGAGUAGGCCUGUUGAUCUGGGAGACACACACCUGUGUACAAAAACACGAGAGUUCGUUGACCUAUGCAGGUGUGGCCACGAGGGCUGAACGGCAUCGACGAGCUAACCGCCAGCCAACCGCAGGGAGCUCUCCCUCCGCGCGCCGCCCGGUGACCAAACCGUCGGCGAGGUCGCACGAAAACGGACUUCCUGAAUGCGCGCAGAGCACAGGUUCCGUUUCACCGUUUGGCGGCGGCUCACAGCUGUGGGGGCUGGACCACUGGCAGCCUCUGACAAGCUUGGAGUUGUGGCAGAUGGUUAAACAGCAUUACGGGAAUGAUCUGGGCCUGAGCCAUGAAGAGAUGGAGAGCUUACAGGUACCAACAGAUUCAAGCAUCCAGGCCAGCCUGCCACAAAAGCCUGGUGGAGAUGAUGGCAACAGGAGGCUGGAACGCCCCCACAGUCUUCGCCUCCCCGGGAUGGAGCAGGGGCCAUUGGAGAGCUCCACACCUCAAGGGGAGGAACUUCCCUCCCCCAUCGUCUCCCAGAGCACUACCAACACGGAUGAUUCGCGCAACACGCCGUCUCAGCAGCGUAGUCCCGCUCAAACCCCUGACCGGCAGGCCGUAGAGAGGCAGUCCAAACGCUCCUCCAACUCUCUGGACCUCAACGCAAACGAGAACGUGUCUGAGCAAAGCGGCUCGGAAAGCGUCGAAGAAGUGGAAGAGAAAAUCAGCCAGCCCCAGGUGUCAGGCCGGCUGUAUCUCAACAAGGUUUUCCACAUGAGUGCAAGCAAAAUGUUUGAGCUGCUCUUCACCGACUCGGGCUUCGCUCAAAGGUUCAUGAACAUCCGCAAGAUAACAAAGGCAAACUUUUCUCCUUGGCAAAAGGAUCCCUCUGGUAACAUGAAGCGGACUCUGAGCUACGUUAUAACCAUCAGCAACCCUCUGAUUGGGAAGUCCUCGGCUGCUACCGAGUCGCAGAUGUUGCACAGAGACUCCAAAGAUGGCCAGUAUUACCUGGUUGACUCGGAGGUGUACACUCAUGAUGUUCCCUAUCACGACUACUUCUACACACACAACCGGUACUACAUCAUGAGCAACUCAAAGAGGAAGUGUCGACUAAGGGUGUACUCUGAUGUCAAGUACAGGAAGCAGCCGUGGGCCUUCGUCAAGUCCUUCAUUACCAAAAACUCCUGGAGCGGCAUUGAAGAUUAUUUCAGACAGCUGGAAUCAGAAUUGCUGGAGGAGGAGGCCGAGCUCAACCAGGCUGGAGGAGAGCUGGGGAAGAUGGCUGGGCUGCGGAGGAGGCGGCGAACGUACAGCCGCACGGUGUCGGAUAAGCCCAGCAUCCAGUACGGCCCGGAUCCUGCUAAACAUGGAGAAGGCCACACGGGCCCCGCUGAUAUGACGGGCUCCAACGGAUGGAGCACCACGACGAUAAUAGCUGGCAUGAGUGUGAUUUUGCUGAUCCUGACGGUUCUGAAUUUGGGAUUGUUUUUUAAACUGUGGGCCAUGGAGGAUGUGGCUCACCGCAUGUACCUGACCACAAAGCACCGGCUGAGGGAGAGGAGCGAGGCAAGCUUAGCAAGUGAAUAUGGUCCCAAGCGGGCACCAGCGUUCGGGACAAAUGAGGACAUGCACCUGUUGAAAGCUGUUCUGCAGGACUCCAUUAACCUUUUAGAGCAGCUUCGCAGCUCUCUGGUGGUGCUCCAGCAGAACUUUGCUUCAGCCAAUCGAACAGCAGUACCACACUGAUGUGUCCACUGAGAGGCCUGUGUGGGCCUCUCCCCGGCCCCGUGGAGGGACAACUCCUCUGAGGAAUUCCCGGGUAUCCACAGGAUGUUGCCACGCAGGCAUUCCCAAACGUGCCAUAUGUAGCCACGGACACACAUCAGGUGCACAUCAGGAUGUUUUUCAAGCUGUGUACUGACUCCUGGGAGAAUGAGUACGUCAGGUGCAGGUGGAGCAACAGUUUUUAAAACGCUGUUGGUGACAUAUCUUCUCAUAAAAACAUUUUAAUGCAUUGUGCGACAUACAAUAAAGAACUGUAAAUACUCAAGUUUGGAAGCUAAAAAUAUUUAAAGUAAUAUUUUUUAUUAUUAUUUUAAUUAUUGCACAAGUCUUUCAAAUGAGACUGUUUUUUUUAUGCCAAUAAAAACUGCUCAAACAGAUUCAAACUGGGAAAAUAUGCUUCAUCACUAUUUUAUGAUUUUUACACAAACUUCGGGACACAAAUGCUGCUAAAGGUGUCUUUGUCAGAAACCUUGUUUGAUUUCUAUUUCUGUGCUAACAUUUUGCUCAGCUGUGACAUGUCUGAUUCACAUCAGUGGUGUAAAAUUUAGGGUACUUUAACGUUUGUCGGAGGUGAAGGGUGGCUGGGAACUGUCCUUGUACUGUAAAGUCAACACUAGAUGCUGGUUUCAUUUGAUUUUCAAGUUUAACCGGACUUAAGUCUUUUUUUCUUUUUUUUCUUCGUAAUGCACACCCAUGAAGGGUCUGGUUUCAUGUUUACACAGAGCUGCAAUGCAUGAUGUUAGACUAUGCACAUCUUUCAUCCUGUACAAACAUAAUUUGACCCCCUUUUUGUUUUUUGAUGGCCUUGAUCUGAAGCAUUUUUAAUAAACUUUUUCUCACUUGAUA